AACGUUAAAAAUGUAAACAACUCAUAUUUUCAGUGCUAUCGUAUCCUGUAAGAUAAAAUGCCGUUGAAAGCAGUAGUAUGCGAGUAUAAUAGGAGUCCGUGCUUUUUAUGAAAUGGCAGACGACUCUCUUCUUCAGCGACAAGAAGAGGAAUGGCAAGUUUUGCAAGCGGUUUACAUGGAUGAUGUUGUCGAUCUUAGAAAGAAGGUGGCAUGGAAGGUUGAGAGACCUUUGCAUAUAUGUUUGGUAUUGAAACAGCAGCAGUCUGAAAGUGUAGCAGGGACGACUGACAGUGAUAGUAUGAUUCAUAUGGUUAUUAAAUGUCCAAAUAAAUAUCCUGAUUUGGUACCAGAAAUAAGUCUAGAAAAUGCCAAAGGACUCUCUAAUGAACAAAUUGCUGUGUUGAAUACAGAACUUAUAGAACGAGCCACAUCAAUGGUUGGAGAGAUGCAGACUAAAUACUGUACUAAAGCCUAA